GCCAGCAUCCCGGCGUCCGCAGGGACUCAGAGGACUUGGCCGCUCCGGCCGGCGCCUGCGUCUCUAUGGUGCGGCCGAGGGGCGGAGCGCUGUUGGCUCGCCCGCCGACUGCGAAGCGAGCUGGGAUACUGGGGAUGAAGACAAGAAGAAUAAACUGCUGGUUCCCGAUGGCUUUUACUAUAUACUGACACAGUUUAUGAUGGCGUCCAAAGUUGAAAAGACUCAUGCUUUACAACAGUGUUUUAGCACAGAAUCUCUCAUUUCCAGCCUUGGUUUGGGGAUCUUUUGCCUAGUAGCUGAUAGACUUCUCCGGUUUCCCAUAAUUCACCAAAAUGAUUGGCUUCGUGCCCUCUCAGAUAACAUAGUACACGGUGUGAUUGGCAUGUGGUCAUGGGCAGUCGUCAUUGGAAUCAAGAAGAAGGCUGACUUUGGAGAAGUUCUUUUAGCUGGGUUUUUAGCCUCUGUUAUUGAUAUCGACCAUUUUUUUCUCGCUCGAUCCCUAUCUUUAAAGGCCGCUUUGACCCUUCCGAGAAGACCUUUCCUCCACUGCUCCACCGUGAUCCCCGUCGCAGUUAUGAGUGUGAAGCUCGCCAUGCACCUGCUUAGGCUCAGAGACGCGUGGUGCUUCCUCCCGUGGAUGUUAUUCAUUUCCUGGGCUUCGCACCAUAUCCGAGACGGAAUUCGUCAUGGCCUGUGGAUAUGCCCAUUUGGAAAAACCUCUCCUUUGCCCUUCUGGCUUUAUGUGAUAACCACAUUAUCCUUACCACAUAUGUGUUCAUUCCUCAUGCAUUUAACAGGGACCAGACAGAUGAUGUCUUCAAAACACGGGAUGCGCAUUGAUGUCUGAGACAGAUGAACACGCGGCCCUAAGGAAAGGAAGUAGCUCACGUGACAGUAACGAAAGAGAGCGAUGUUCAAGUGAAAUUGGUUUUGUUGAGACAUGGCUUCUCUGUGCAGCUCUGGCUGUCCUAGAACUCCCUCUGUAGACCAGGCUGGCCUCAAACUCAGAGACCCACCUGCUUCUGCUGGGAUUAAAGGCCUACACCACCACCGCCCAGCCUGGAGUGAAAUUUUUAAAGCGCCGUUAGGUGUUUUAUUUAGUUUCUAUAAUUCUCGGGCCCUCUGGCUCGGAGGCAUGCUCAGUGCGAACUCUUCCCUCUCACAUGUCCAUCUAGUGCAGUGUUGGGUUUGCCCAUAUUUCAUGCUUUUUUACGUUGCUGUUGCUUUACCUGACUUUACUGGUUUUGUCACACUAACAUCUAUUGAAUUGUCUGGAAGUCUCUUUAAAACCAGUCAUUUCCUGAUUAAAAACCUCAAAAUUUAGAGUCACUGAUUUAUAGAAAACUCACAUUAUAUUUGGAUUCACAUUUUCCUGAGAUACCGAAACAGUGAUGUGGACAAAAUAACUAAGAUGAUGAUAAGAUGUGUGUUGAAGGCUAACAGUCAUUUCAUGUAUGUUAUGGCAAUAAUUUUAAAUGUUUUAUGGACAAUAAUUAUUGGCAAAACUCUACCUAAGAUGGCAGAAUUAGGUCUAAGUUACGAUUUCAGAAAUUAAUUUAGGAAGUAAUUAUUACCACAUAUUACUUAAAUUACAUUCACUAAAAUUUAUUGGGGAAGGGGCUAGUGUCUUUGCCCAGGAAUCUCUGAGUAGCAUUUUCACUAAUUGGAAAAACAUAACUGAAAGUUUAAAAAAUAUUUAUUAACAAAGAGCAUUGACAAAAUGAUAUCUAGGUCAUCACUAAAGUUAUCUAGAAACAGUACUGAACAAUGCUGUUGUUUCAGAUGCAGAUUCCUGAUGGCCUCUGACAUUGUAACAGUCAUAAGACUGUUACAAACUAGUCUAAAAGAUUGUGUGAAAUGAUUUUUUAAAAUCCUCUCUGUAGUGAGAACUAAAAGAUUGUCAAGAUAAAGUAGUUUUUUGAAAUCUUGCUUUUUCUUCUGGUCUUUCAGGUUUGAAUGUUGAAAUGAUUAACCUUUGUUAGAGAAGGAAGUGCAUUGCUGUAAAUACUACAUUUGCAGUUUGAUGUUACCAUGGUGUUAAUAUCCUAUCCCAGAGGCUUCUCUCUGUCUUUGUGGCAUAUAUGAUUCCUGUUUUCUUCAGAUUUGUGUUAAACUUGUGAUUUGUAAUGCUAGCGAUUGUGUGCCUUAUUCUCUGAGGAAAAGUGGACAACUGGGAACAUAGGAACAUGGGAACCAAGCUUCUGGGUUUACAGAGAGCUCGAUACAUUGUUAGAAAGGUUCUUGAUCUUUGGAAAGUAUUUUUCUUAUUGUUAAAUUAAACUCUUUGCAGUCUGUUACUUUAUAUGGCCUAGAUCUUAUAACCUAUUACCUUUCAAAAGCAACUGUCAAUUUGGUUGGUAUAUUAGUAAAUAUUAUAUAAGGAAUAAAUUUAAUUAAAUUUA